CCGCCAGUGAAGAAGAAGAAGAAAGAACAUUGCAUCGGUUCCGUUUUAGUCAAGUACCGUCGGCAUUUUUUUAGUUCGGUAGCACGAUCGCGAUUCGUAGUGAAAUGGCCAUAUACCAGAACAGCUAUGCCGCCUUGGAAUUGGGCGCUGCCAACUACUGGACGCACCGCCAGAAGUUUCAGUGGAUGUCGAUGCUGUUCAUGGGCUGCAUGUACCUGUAUGCGGCACGCAUGGCCAUGCCCAUCACGGUCACCAAGAUCAGCACCGAGUACGGCUGGACCAAGACCACCUCGGUGGGUCACCAAUAGGCACGGUGCUUGUGCUGCUUCUUCUGGGGCUAUGCUCUGACACAGGUGCUGGGCGGCUACCUGGGCGACGUGUGGGGCGGGGACAAGGUGAUGCUGGGUGCGGCCGUUGGCUGGUCCCUGCUCACCCUGUACACGCCCGAGUGCGUCGCCUGGAGCCGAGGAGCCCUGCUUCUCAACCGCAUCCUGCUCGGCGCAUUCCAGGGGCUCCACUUCCCGGCUAUGUCGAGCAUUAUUGUGAGCCAGCUGCGGCAGCAGGACCGCACCAUCUUUACCAGCGUUGUGGCAGCGGGACCAUCGUGCGGGCUGUUGCUUAUUGGCAGCCUGGGAUCAAUCCUGAUGGCAUCACAUGGCUGGCCCUCUGUUUUCAAGGUCACUGGCAUGCUGGGAAUUGGCUGGUGCUUCGGGGUGGCCUUUCUCAUGCACCAGAGGCAAGGGGGGACGCAGCCCAUCAGUGGCAAAGCACUCGUCCGCAGCUCCACUGGGACGACUGCCAAGGUCCCCUGGUUCACCUACUUCCGAAGCCCCUCUUUCUGGGUGAUACUGUUGGCGCAUUUCACGGAGAACAACUCGUACUUCAUUCUCAUCUCCUGGCUGCCCACUUACUUCCAUGAACGCUUUCCCGACGCAAAGAUGUGGGUGUUCAACAUGGUCCCCUGGAUCAUGAUACGUUGCAGCAUUGGUGGUGGCACCGUCUCGGACCACCUUAUUCGCAAAGGGCAGCCCAUUACCAAGGUGCGCAAGCUGUCUGAAGCCCUGUGUCAGCUGAGCAAGGCGCUGCUGCUGCCCUUGGUGCCGUGGUGCAGCUACACCUGGGCGCUGCUGUGUGUCUCGCUGGCCGUCGCCUGCUCGGGCUUCCACAACAGCGGUGUCUUCAUCAACCCGCAAGACAUCGCACCGCUUCACGCGGGAUCCGUCUUUGGCCUGAUGAACACAAUAGGAGCCAUACCAGGCUUCCUGGGCGUGUAUCUGGUUGGCUACGUGGUGGAUGCGACACGUAGCUGGUCACUCAUUUUCUACCUGACGUCGCUCCUUAACCUGGUCGGGUGCGCAGCCUUCCUCGUCUUUGGUCGCGGCCAGCCCAUCCUGGCUGCGCAACCGAGCCUAUGACCCCUCUUUCGAAGAUUGGCUCUACCCCCCGCCGGAGUCUAGUCAACACCAAAGUACAAGCGUCUUUCAGUUCUUUUUACGUUUUUAUUCUCUCCUAUUUUUUCGAGGACACAACAGCCAGAAGCGUGUGCCUUAUUGCCCGCUUCUGCAUCGCGCAGAGGAACCUUUUAUUAAAGAUGACAAAAACAUGA